AUGUCUUCUUCCCUCUUAGAAAACGCACCUCAUGAUCUCCUCUACCCUAAACUCGCUUCCCAUCAUUCACCAGUCUUCACGAAAUCGACAAGGGGUCUCUGCCCCCUCAUCCACCUCCAACCUUCACCGCCUCUUCUGGUCCUUCUUCCCCUCCACCAGGUUAUAAAACAUCCUCAACUUAAAAGGAGAAGAUCUAGAAGCCAACCACCACCUACAUUUGUUGUAGAACCUUCUACACAAUCUAAUUCAUUCGUUGGCACAGAAGAAUACAUUGCUCCGGUGUGA